CUUCCAUUUCAAUGCUCCACCCUCCACCCCAUCAUUCCUUUGGCCCCAACCAUUUCCUCCUCACCAAAAAUCAGGAACCCAUUGGCCUGCUACAUGACCUCCCAAUCCAACUAUGAAAAUUAACCAAAGCUCAAAACUUUUUCAAACCCCAUUACCAUAUAUAUCCAAAGCCCCAACCCAAACCAUCAUUUGCUGAAACACAGGCCAAAAUGAUGCAUUUUCCUCCAAAGCUGAAACUCCCAAAAUACAAGCUUUCCCUCAAGGCACUCUGCUUACUUCCCCUGCUGAGAGGGUGCCUAUUCGAUGGGUGCAGGGAUCACACACAAGGCUCAGGUUUUGGGACCAGAAUCUGGAAUCUGAGUGACAGGCCGAUCGAGCUCCAGGUUCGAGUCGGGUCGAUCCUGAAAAAGGUUCACACUUUGAAGCCAGGGUCCUCAAAAAGGCUCAAUUGCAAGAGCAUAUACAAGGCCUACAUGCCAGGUGGUGGUCGUGGCGGCGGCGGCGGCAAUGGUGGAGGGAUGGGGAAUCUGUUGUAUUACUAUGAUCAUGAUGAGACGUGCCAGCCGUACAUAUGGGUCCAUGAUGCAGGUGGGGAUUUUAGCAGGGUGGUGAAGCAGCAGUACUUGAGCUUGGAGGAUUUGAGGGAGUGUUGUGAGAUUCGGGUACUUAGGGAUGAUCAACGUGGGUGCAUUGCUGUUAGGAAGAAGCCUAGGCCUGAUUCCUGCUGAUUGAGCUUAUCUAUGUGAUUUUCUUUCUUGUUCUUGUAGUGGUUGGAAUCGUAAACGAAGA